CACAAAAGAACAUGACAAGCUAACAUCCUGCAGCAAACUCCCAGAAAGAACCCUAGAUUAACCUGCAUCACUAAAACCAACACCUUAAAAUACAAAUAUAAUAGUUUAGUACAUAAUUACGUUUCAAUAUAAUUACAUAUUGGGUCAAUCUUUUAGAAAGUCACAGGGAGGGAUUUAUUAUUUUAAUUUUUAAUUUUUCUCAAGCGAGUCUCUGAAUUUAUCAGGCGUAUAAACUCGCUAUCAUGGCAAGCAGCUGUAACAGCAGCACUCAAACAACAGGUAAGUCUGAUCUAUUUUAACUCACAAUAUUGUGGUGUCCUUUUUAAAAGCUUGUUUGAAGUUAGACAAUAUUUUAUUAUCAUCAAGAGGUCAAAAAGGUCAAAUGUACAUGCCAUAAAAAAAACUAUGAAACUCAAAACUCUUCAGGCUCAAAGACUGGUGUCAGUGUUACAUUUUUAAAUGUAUUAUGCAGUGUAAUCAAAAUGAACCCACACACUGUUGUAGGCUCCCAAACGACAUGUGGGAGCCUACAACAGUGUGUGGGUUCAUUUAGUUUACUUUGAACUAUUUAUUCAUUUCAGUGUCUUCUGGAGCUAUAUACAUAUUACACAUGACAAGCCAUCUUGAAAAAAAAAUCUUGAAAGAAAGAUGAAUACCCACACACUAUUCCAUGCACCUGCCGUUUUAUUGUGCAAAAUUUCGACACGAAAGUCUUUAUCAGACUUGCCAUCAAAUCUUGUCAGCCCAAUGCAAAGAAAACAAUGUAUACUAACGGUUAUACACCUGUUCUCUUUCUUGUUGUUGUUCUCCCCAUAGUUUUGGGUAUUUUCUGCGGGUCUUUUGAGCUGUGGAUCCUACUGGCAGUUGUCAGCACAAUGUUGGUCUUUACAGUGUGCUGGAAUAUUCUUUGCUGUAUCGCAACACAUUGUACAGGUAAGACUGAAGUCAAAAGUUAACACUAUCUCUGAUUUAAAUGAAAAAACUGACAGAGAACACUAUUUUGUUGUUACAGAUAAAGGAAAUACAUUUCUGCCCCGCUUCAGAAGGAGGUGUGUAUCGCCUACAAGCAAUUUUUUAAUCUGUGCUCAAAUCCAUUUACAGAUCAUCUGAUCAUAUUCUUGGUUUUGUACCUGACUUGCAUAUCAUAGACCCCCUUUUGCAAAACUUUAAAUACAUAUGUCAUCAGUGAAUACAAAAUUCACUGUUAAGUGCUUUGUUCACAGAAUAUUAACACAUUGUUUUUGUCAGAAGAGAAAUGUAUGCAAUUGUGUUCACUGUUUCCGGCAAUCAGUAAACUCUAAAUCACCCCAUCAGUGUCAUACCAUGUACAAUAAAGGGAAAGAUCUAGGCAAUAGGGACAAUCUAAUUUUUAGACUUUUUACAAUAUUGCGGACAUGCAGAGAUGCAGAGGUUUACUUUAAGUAACUUUGGGUUACUCUUAAGUCAUAAUCUCCAACAAUUUUACCUUCCAUUAUAGAGCAUUGCUUUGGUAUAGAUUGAGGGCUAUACAUUCAUAUCAGUUGUGUUCCUCCAUUGUAUUCACCUUUCCUUAGUUCUAUUGUGGAUUGUGUUUCUGUGCGCCAAUGGAAAGUCUACAAAACUAAGUGCAAACCAGCCUAUGUAUUGAAUACAUGAAUUAGAUUGUGAUGAUACCGAUGAAUGAAUCUGGCUAAAGCGCCGGCUCACUGGCUGAAGCGCUGGCUCACUGGUUAAAGCGCCUUCUGGCUGGCUCACUUACUUACUCAUUCGCUCGCUCACUCGCUCGCUCACUUGCUCACUCUCAUAGCAGGCAGGGGCAGAACAUCCAGCCUUUCUGGGGGAUAUAAAUCUGGUCUGGAAAGAUGGGGAGGCCGAAUAGUCCACGCGCGGGCGCUUGUUCUCCAGUACAAUGGCGGCUAGCAGCGUGCCUCUUUCCACUGUUUUAUGCAUCACUACAGCUGAGGUGCAUCUAACAGUUGAAGCUCUGCUACAAGAAAAGAAAGGGAAAGUAACUGAACUGAAUGACUACCGACCAGUAGCACUCACAUCCUCCCUCCACGACACACUCAACCCUCUCCAAUUCGCAUACCGCCCUGACAGAUCCAUGGACGACGCAAUCGCCAUUGCAUUGCACACUGCCCUCACCUACCUGGACAAAAUAAAUGCAUAUGUGAGGAUGCUGUUCAUCGACUACAGCUCGGCCUUCAAUACCAUAGUGCCCUAUAAGCUCAUUAGAAAGCUCACGGCGAUGGGUCUGAACUCCUCCCUAUGUAACUGGGUCCUGAACUUCCUGAUGGGCCGCCCCCAGGUGGUGAAGGUAGGCAACAUUACCUCCUCAACACUGAUCGUCAACACGGGGGCCCCACAAGGGUGCGUCCUCAGUACCCUCCUGUAUUCCCCUGUAUACCUAUGAAUAUGUGGCCUCACACAGUUCCAACUCCAUCAUCAAGUUCGCUGACGACACAACAGUAGUAGGCCUGAUUACCAACAACGACGAGACAGCCUACAGGGAGGAGGUAGGCACUCUGACGGCGUGGUGCCAGGUAAGCAACCUCUUCUUCAACGUUAGCUAAACAAAGGAGCUGAUUGUGGUUUUCAGGAGGAACCAGGCUGGACACGCCCCCAUCCUCAUCAACGGGGCCGCCGUGGAGACGGUCAAUAACUUCUAAUUCCUCUGCGUACACAUCUCAGAGAAGCUGAAAUGGUCUAACAACAUGGACACCGUGGUGAAGAAGGCACGACAGCGACUCUUCAACCUCAGGAUGCUGAAGAAAUUUGGCCUGUCCCCGAGGGCCCUCACAGUGUUCUACAGGAGAACCAUUGAGAGCAUAAUGUCGGGCUGCAUCAUAGCCUGGUACGGAAAAUCCACCACUGCGGACCGCAAGGUGCUUCAGAGGGUGAUACGUGCAGCCGAACGCACCAUUGGGUGUACACUGCCUGCCCUACAGGACACCUACAACACCAGGUGUCAAAGGAAGGCCGAUUCUCAGGGACCCCAGCCAACCAAGCCAUGCCCUGUUCUCCCUGCUUCAAUCACUCAGACACAGUCAGUACAGGAGCAUCAUAGCAAAAACUGGAAGACUGGCCAAUAGUUUCUACCCUCAGACCAUCAGGCUGCUGAAUAGCCACCACUAGUCAGCUACCUGCUCCCCCCGCCCCCUGCUACUCCCAUUAUGGACCCCCCCCCCCUCUCCCAACGACAUUCAUCACUUUUGCAGUUGUUAAUAUAUAUAUUAUAGAUUUUUGAAAUAUAAUUUUUAUUGUUGUUUUUUCACACCCCCUCAAUGGUCAUUCCCCCACACCCCCUCAACAGUCUUUACUCUGCCUCCACACCAAUGGACAUUUUUUUUAUUAAUCACUGCUACAGUUAUGAUAUAUAUAGUGCUAUUUCUACUUAUAUUGUUGUUGUUUUUUAUUACCAUUUUCAUGGUUUUAUUUCACUUAGUCCUACAUGUUGGAGCUCAGAGCCUAAGAUUUUCACUGUACCCUGCAAUAACACCUGCAACCCCUGUACAUGUGAUUAUUAAACACUCUGAAUCUGAAUCUCUGAAUCUGAAUCCUGCAAACAAUAUAUAUAUAUACAGGGAGGAGGUAGGCAUAUAUACACUACCAUUCAAAAGUUUGGGGUCACUUAGUAAUUUCCUUUUUUUUGUCCAUUAAAAUAUCAUCAAAUUAAUCAGAAAUACAGUGUAGACAUUGUUCAUGUUGUAAAUGGCUAUUGUAGCUGGAAACGGCUGAUUUUUUUAUGGAAUAUCUACAUAGGCGUACAGAGGCCCAUUAUCAGCAACCCUCAGUCCUGUGUUCCAAUGGCACAUUGUGUUUGCUAAUCCAAGUUUUUCAUUUUGAAAGGCUAAUUGAUCAUUAGAAAACCCUUUUGCAAUUAUGUUAGCACAGCUGAAAACUGUUGUGCUGAUUAAAGAAUCAAUAAAACUGGCCUUCUUGAGACUAGUUGAGUAUCUGGAGCAUCAGAAAUUGUGGGUUUGAUUACAGGCUCAAAAUGGCCAGAAACAAAUAACUUUCUUCUGAAACUCGUCAGUCUAUUCUUGUUCUGAGAAAUGAAGGCUAUUCCAUGCGAGAAAUUGCCAAGAAACUGAAGAUCUCGUACAACGCUGUGUACUACUCCCUUCACAGAACAGCGCAAACUGGCUCUAACCAGAAUAGAAAGAGGAGUGGGAGGCCCUGGUGCACAACUGAGCAAGAGGACAAAUACAUUAGAGUGUCUAGUUUGAGAAACAGACACCUCACAGGUCCUCAACUGGCAGCUUCAUUAAAUAGUACCCGCAAAACACCAGUCUCAACGUCAAUAGUGAAGAGGCGACUCCAGGAUGCUGACCUUCUAGGCAGAGUUGCAAAGAAAAAGCCAUAUCUCAGACUGGCCAAUAAAAAUAAAAGAUUAAGAUGGGCACAGACACUGGACUUUUUCUUUGGGACUGCAAUGAAUGAUGCAGAGCCAUAUAUACAGUAUAUAGACAGAUAUAGAUACAGUAUCUGCAUGGCUCUGGAUCAUGGAUUAUUGUCUUUAUUCAUCUUUAGAUUAGUUGAUCUGGUUUGAUCAUGAUGGUAUUGGACUAUUAUUACAUGCUAAUAUCUGUUUUGCUAAUGACCUCACUGUUUCCUCUCUCCUCAUCCUCGAUGGGAAUCAACCAGUCUAAGUCUGAGACUGAGGGACAUGGAGGACAACCCUAUCUAUGGGAACAUCAGCUACACCCAGACUAGUGAGAAGAAGUUCCCAAAAGAUACUUGCUUGCAGAAUUUCAGUUGAAUUUCAUUUUGAAUGUCAAUGUUUCACUGUUGUCAGAGUAUAUCGUAAGCCCCAGAAAGCAAAGCAUUGUGAAUUGUAAUGUAAUAAAACAGGUAAUUUUGUUUUUCAAAUGUGUUUUGUAGUAUAGUUACUAUGUAGUUACAUGUAAUAACACCAAGAAAACACAAUUCCAUGUGAUGAGUGACCCAGGGUUGAAUGAUCCUCUUUUUCACAACUGGUUUCUCUUUGUUGACAGGAGUAGAACUUCCACUCAGUUCGUCAUCCGUCAGAGAUCGUCCGGUCAAAAGUGGUCAGGUGCUACUUUUUCUACACCUUCUCCUUGUGAAGCACAAAUGUCUCCUGUUAUUGUUAAUUAUUUGUGUUACCUAGCUCUUUGUGUCAUGUAUAGGCCCAUACCAAAAGCUUCUACAGUAUAUUAAACAUAACCUUGUCCCCAGGCUCAAUUGCUAGAGAGUGCUGGCUGGUGGAGAAGAUUAUAUUAAAGGACCAGUGCAGUCAAAAACGUGAUUUCCCUAUGUGGUUGGAAUUAUACUGCGAACUUGUGAAAAUUAUGAUAAUACCCUUUUAGUGUAAGAACUGUUUGAAAAGACUGCCUGACAUUUCAGCCUGUAUUGGUAGGAUGAAGUUUUGACCUGCCUGGUAAAAUCACCAAGCGGUAAAUUAGUUAGCAGACCAAUAGGAAAGAGAGUUCCAAACCUCUCUACAGCUAAUUUUCAGGUUUUCCCCUACACACUCAGACCACUCCCAGACAGUCCUAGCAAAAUUCUUUCUUGAGAAAUUGUUAUUUUCUAAGAAGCUAUUUUUGUUUCUUUUUGACCAUUUUAAUUAAAACAAUCACAGUAAGGUACUUAGUUGUUACCCAGAAAUUAUUUGAUAUUCAGAUAAAAAGGGCUGCAUUGGACCUUUAUUAAACAUACAUUUACCAUGUUUCUUCUUUCUGUCAGGCGCCUUCUAAAGGCCAGGACUGUUAUGCCAACCUGACUCUGAAGGCCCCAAAGAUGGUGUCUGGCCGCAGCUCCCCACAGCCCCAGAUUGAGUACUCUGACGUGGUGACACUACAGGGGCCACAGGAAGCGGAGAAGGUGACCGUGGCCAACAACAACGCCGACACGGUCUCUGUGCUUUCUGACCUCUACGCCUCAGUGCAAACGGAUCGCACCAAAACUCUGGACACAGUGGAUGGCAAUGACGGCUAUGCCAACCAUGUCUGA